AUGCCUGCCUCGUUUCCUACUUCCAUGCCUGCCUCGUUUCCCUCCUCUUCCCACCAGGUGACGGUCAGCGAGCUCAACUUCAAGACCAUCAUGGAUGGGGUGGGGGCAACCAGAGCAACGGUCAGCGAGCUCAACUUCAAGACCAUCGUGGAUGGGCUGGGGGCAGUGCUUUAUCAGUACCCCUUCAAUGUUCCGGCUUACUACGCUCUCAUCCUCCGCUCCCUCACAGUUCUUGAGGGCCUAGCACUCUACUCCGAUCCCAACUUCAAGGUGCUCGCAGCAGCAUACCCCUACAUGGCAAAGCGCCUCCUCACCGACCCAAACCCCUACCUGCGUGACGCUCUAAUCGAACUCCUUUUCAAAGACGGUGUCUUCCGCUGGUCGCGCCUCGAGAAUCUCCUCACCCAGGGGCAGCGCGACCGCGACUACAAGACAACCGAUGCCCUCCAGCCGCUCAUGGCCCUAAUCCUAGGCCCUGAGGGGAAGCCGUUAAGAGCGCUGGUGGUAGCUGAAGGAGUGAGAGUCGCUGAGGCGCUGCUGGUGGCCGGGGCAGUGGAUGGAGCGUUGGAAGUGUUACCAGAUGCGGUUACCACCGCGCUGCUUCCCCGGCCACUGGUGCCGCUGAGGCAAGCGUUAGAGGCGGCGAGAGGGGGGGGCGGGGGUGCGGGUGGGAGUGGGAGUGCGGGAGGGAGUGCGGGGGUGGGGAGGGGAGCGGGAAGGGGGGAUGCGAGGGGGAGGAGUAUGGAGGAGAUGGUGGAGUUGAGAGCUCAGGUGCUGCGGUGCUGGGCGUUGCUGAGGACUUCGGAUGGGUUUGACCCGGCGAGUCUGCUUCCUCUCGUUGAUGUGAGUGCUGUUGAUGUUGAUGUGGUGAUAAUCCUCAAACAACAGGAGGAGGUGAGAGAGGUGUUGCAACAGGAGGAGGUGAGGGAGAUGGGAUCGGACUUUGCUACAGCCUUGCUGCAGAGACUGGCAGCACGCUCGCUACAGCUGCUGCUACAACCUCCGCCGUCCUCCCAGGCCCCUGCACCUGCACCAGCUCUGUAG